AUGCCUAGGUUGCGUCCUGCGCUUCACAAUCGACUAUGGACAGUCGAGGGUGACGAAGAGGAAUUCCAAAUCCCCGCGACCACUCUUUUAGCAAUAAUCAAGCGAAAGAAACUCAAAUAUAGCAACAAGCUAAUGAGAAAAAUUCAACUUGGUGCCGACUAUGAUGCUGCACCAAUUUUCAUCAACAAACGCGACUUUGUUUACAGCGGCUCGACGCCAAAUGACGAUCCUCACCUCAUGAUAAUGCGCAGAGAGCUAAGGGAAACAGCAGAAAUGCGCGCUCAAGAAUCUGAUUUUUUUAGUGACGACGACGAUGACGGCCAGUACAACGUAGACAAAAUGGAGUAUGAAGAAAAAUCUGCUCCAGAAUGCGUUCGAUACUCGUACAUGCCUGUCCAAGAUGUUCUAGAAGCUUUAGAUCCAAAACAUCCACUCAUUCCUCCAAAGCCGGUCAUGCACAACGCUGCCACUCAAACCGUUGAUGAUGAUGAUGAAGCUACCCCAAGAAAAAAACCCAAACUUUAA